AAUGGGUGUGGACGUAUUAUACCAUAUGACACCCGAUUUGCCGAAAAAUGAGCAACCUUCGAAACCACCCCGAAAACGGGCCCCGACUUCAAAACCGCCAUUUACUCUGAGAGAGCUAAAAUCCCUCGUGCCUCCGCAUUGUUUUGAACGCUCUCUCUUACGGUCCACGCUUUAUCUAUUUCACGACAUAGCAAUCUUAGCUGGCCUCUUCUACGUGGCGAAUAACUACAUCCCGUUGCUACCAUGGCCGAUGAAAUGGCUAGCGUGGCCCCUGUACUGGGCCUCAGCUGGGACCGUUGGCUUUGGUCUAUGGUUCAUGGGCCACGAAAUGGGGCACCAGGCAUUUAGCGACUACGAAUGGCUCAACGAUGCAAUUGGGUUUUUGGUCCAUUCUUCCAUGCUCACACCGUAUUACUCGUGGCGACACAGCCACCAUCAGCACCAUGUCCACACCGGUUCUGUUGAUAAAGAUUCUGCCCAUGUUCCAAAACAAAAGCCGUCUGUGAUUCGAAGGUACUUCAACAGUCCCGUUGGUCGCAUAAUCUCUCUUAUAUUCGUCCUUGGGGUGGGCUGGCCGCUCUAUUUACUGUUCAACCUCACCGGCCGUAAGUACCAGCGGCACAACAGUCACUUCGACCCGAACGCCCCGAUGUUCCCUCCCCGCAUGCGCCUCAAAGUGCAUCUCUCGAAUGCAGGCGUGUUCUCCAUGCUGGCGCUACUCGCCCGGCUAGCGCAUACACACGGACUAGCUUGGCUAGCGUCCAUAUACUGGGGGCCGAUCACCGUCGUCUACGCGUGGGUGGUCAGCAUCACACUCCUCAACCACGUCCACCCUGAUCUACCCCGCUACGGCGAUGGUGAGUGGGAGUGGCUCCGCAGCUCCGUCACCUCCACCGUGGACCGCGACUUCGGGUUCCUCAAUUAUCUCUUCCACCAGACCCCGAAUGUUCAUACUGUGCACCACCUCUUCCCGAAGAUGCCUCAUUACGGGCUAGUCGAGGCGACGAACGUAUUACGACCGGUUCUCGGAGAGUAUUACCAGUUUGAUCCGACGCCCGUCCAUAAAGCGCUCUAUCAAGCGGUCAAAGAGUGCGUGUUUGUGAAGGAGGAUGAUAACCAAAAAGGAGUGUAUUGGUACAGUCCGAUAUUAGAGGCAGCGCUCUGAGUUGAAAGCUCCCGUGCUGAGGACGAACGCCGCAUGAGCCUUAACCCUCUAUGGCAUGAAUUAAUUUUGGAUCUCAGAUUCUAAGGGACACAAAUCUAUUUUGUAGCUUGCAUGAACCAA